AUGAUAACUGUUAAUGAUGUCUAUAUUCCUGAAAAUCUAUUCCUGCUUCACCUAGGUCUUCUCAUCAUUGAGAUGGUCCUCAUGGCUGUAGCAUUCAUAUACACCAUGUCAGGAAGUUAUAUCAUUCUAUUCUUACAUCCCAUAUUUCAUCCUCACGUAUUAGGAAUCACAACGAACUUUUUCAUAUCAUACUUUGUUUUAUCCGUGCCUAGACUUUGUAUUAUAUUUCCAUUUCUAUUGGAUGGCACACGUCGUUUUGAAAUUAUGUCUUCCAUACCAUACACAGUUUACCUAGACGCUCUGCGCACAGUGGCUGCUUCAUCAGCUCUUCUAGCUUGUCUCUCGUUGGUUCUUGAACGCGUUAUAGCUACGGUUCGUAUAAGAACAUACGAAAAACAAAGAAAUCCCUUUCUGAUUGGCUUGAUAAUGAUAUCCACAUGGUUGGUUCCAUCAGCGUGCUGUUAUAGCGUUGUUAUAUUGAACUUUGAAAUCAUGAUUUUCUUGCUACUCGGUUUUUUGACUUCUUUAAUAUCAUUUGCGAUCUUUCUGAGACUAACUAACUGGUCUGAGAAUGAAUACAAGAAGAACGUCAACGCGUACUCAUUGAGCAUCAAAUAUCAGCUGUCUGAAAAUGUACGCCUAGGUAGAAUAAUUAAAUCAACAUUGAAAGCUUUCAUAUCCGGAUGUUUCGCUUGUCUGUUGAUAGCCUUUCUGACCAUCAAGAUUUUUCCGAGCAACAAUCUCUUCGUAUUCCUCAUGUAUCAUCUCUACGAAUCGCUGUUUGCCUAUCUACCUAUUAAGAUAAUCUCAUGCAGCAUCAACUCGAAUGUCACAUGGAAGACAUCGUUCCGCGAUAUUACACGCACAAGCUUGUUCAAUAAGACGUCAAACAAAACACGAGCUUCAGAGCCGGUGCGCGUCUUAUCACUAACGGGGGACGUGAUAACUGUUGACCAACGUCUUCAUGCUAAACAAUAUUUUUCGACUUUGGAUAACAUGUGGAAAUGA